ACCUAGUCUGCUGGAAGCAGCAAAAGUUGCAUCUUCUCUCGUGCAGGGCUCCCAUUCACGCAGCUUUCUAGGCAAAUCCUCUGCGACUCUAGGCAGCUGUUGGACGUUUGAAUUUGAGGUAGCUCUGGUGCACCAUUUCCCCUGCAAUUGCGCUGCGGUCUUUUGUUUGCAUGGCUGCGUCAAGCACAGCGCGGUGGCAGCCAGGGGAUGAUCCAAACGCCCGCGACGGCCCUGGCCGAACGCCGCUGCAUCACCUUUGUCAAAAAGAGGUCUUUCAUGCUUCAGAUGCAGGCACGGUGUCGGCCCUGUUAGCUGCAGGAGCGGACCCAAAGGCCACCGACGGGUUUGGAAGGGCGCCUUUGGCGUUGAUCUGUGCGGAGAGUGGGGACAAAGAGGCGCUGCUGGCAUUGCUGGAGGCGGGAGCGGAUGUGAAGCUGCAGGAUGACUGGGGCAGAACUGCCCUCCAUUGGUGUUGCGAUCGGGGCUUUGACGCGCAAGCAGAGAUGUUGAUGGCGAAGGGGGCAGACGUCAAUACCCUCACGAAGCAUGGGGACAGUCCGCUGCUUUGGGCUGCAAAAGCAGGCCACUUGAAACUAGUAGAGAUUCUGUUGGCGGCAGGGGCUGACGUGUCUUUACGAAAUAACCGGGACGAGAGUGCGGCGGACGUAGCGAGCAACGACCUCAUAAAAGUACUCAUCCAAUCCAAGCUCCCAACCCCCAGCGAUUCGGAGCCGUCCCCAUCGCCCUCGUCCUCAAGUAAACGUCCCGACUUACCCUCCCCCCUUCCCAUUCGGGCCCCAGGGUUUGGGGGCUUAGGAUCUGGUGCCUCAGGAAUGGAGCAGGGUGAAAGCUCGGGGACAGCUGGCGCAGCGGCGUUUUCAGAGUAUCCGAAGAAGGCCGCAGCGGCGGGGGGCCCGGGGAAGAAGAUGAAGAUCUCGCUGAAGAAGCGGUGACGCUCGUGGGGCGGUGCGACGUCCACUGAGCGCAUCGCAGUGCUAUGAACAUAGUCUCAAUAGCUGGUCAAGCAAGGUGCCACCUCCCGUUGUUGCAGUUGAGGCCUUCGACUGUUUAAGGUUCGUGAGCCCAGCCCAAGUUUUUCCCGCACUAAUACUCGUUGGUUGGAGAGUCCAGACUAAAUGAGAUGACAAGGUCAGUGUUGGUUGUUGCAUUAUUUCGCCCAAGCUCAAAAAUUCUCAUGUUAGCCGAUG